UUCAGGUCAAAGCUCCAGAUAAAGAACCAAAAGAGAAAAAAUGGCUACCUCUGCUUUGACCAUUGCAACUGCAAAGCCACUGACCCAUCAUUUCUCCAACUUUAAGUCCCCUUCUUCACCACUAUUUUCCUGUUCUUGUUAUUCUUCCUUGCCUCCUCCUCCAAGUGAAGUGAAACUCUCUAUGAACUCAAAACCUACAGCCAACAAGUGUGUUUUCAAUGUGGGUGUUGGCCUAUUAGCAACUUCAGUUCUUGCUUUGUCACCGUUGGAUGCCGAUGCCACCAGGAUUGAGUACUUUGCAACUGUAGGGGAACCUCAAUUUGAGCUUAACUAUGCUAGCUCUGGUCUUGGUUACUGUGAUGUUAUUGUGGGGUUUGGUGAGGAAGCUCCACGUGGAGAGCUUGUCAAUAUUCACUACACUGCAAGAUUUGCUGAUGGAAUAGUCUUUGACAGUAGCUAUAAACGUGCUAGACCUCUCACCAUGCGAAUUGGUCUUGGCAAGGUCAUUAAGGGAUUGGACCAGGGAAUUUUAGGGGGUGAAGGAGUCCCUCCUAUGCUUGUUGGUGGGAAACGCAAGCUUCAGAUUCCACCAAACUUAGCAUACGGACCUGAACCUGCAGGGUGCUUUUCGGGUGACUGCAACAAACCUGCCAGUGCAACUCUCUUAUAUGAUAUUAAUUUUGUUGGCGUCUACUCAGGAAAUGCAAAGUGA